UACGUAACGCAGAUGACUUGACAAAAUAGCCCGGGGUAAUGUAUUGAAUGAGCGGGCGUUACUACUUUAUAUGACACAUUAUACAUGUAAUAGCAAUUGAAAAUAGCUAACACUACACUUUGUGUGCGUACACUUCAAUUAUUAUAAUGUUAUGACUUCGUUGUAGCCUCCGGACUACAGCGUUGGCAGUUGGCUCGGCUUAAGCCGUACAUAUUGUCCUCGCAGUGAGUGUUAUCUUAAGGUCUUCUUAUGUGGGUUUUUGGGUACGGGUCUCUUAUAUGGAAAGUGGAUUUCCCUUAUGAGGAAAAGAGAAUCGGCUACAUAAAAGGCUUCAGCCGUCGGUUUUGGCAGGGAAGUACCGAUCACCGGGGGAUACCGGGUAAGCCUGGCCGGGUGGUGACACUGGUGGAGGAUCCUGAGGGGUGUGUUUGGGGCGUUGCCUACAAGCUACCGACCGGCCGGGAGCAGGAAGUGAAGAGUUACCUUGACUACCGAGAAAAAGGUGGUUAUCAGGUCAUCACUGUUACUUUUCACCCCCGUCCACCGCCCUCUGCGCCGCCCAGCCAGACGCUGCUCUACAUCGGCUCUCAGGACAAUCCAGACUACCUCGGCCCCGCCCCCCUGGAGGAGAUAGCCAAUCAGAUUGUCAGCUCUACCGGUCCAAGUGGGAAGAACACAGAGUACCUGUUUCAGCUAGCUGAUGCUAUGAGGACAAUCCUGCCAGAGGACUCAGACACACACCUGUUUUCUCUAGAAACGUUAGUGAGAGAAAGACUACACAGUGUGCAGAAACACUCACACACUCAAACAGGUUAAUUUUGAUGAUAUUUUUAAAACUCUCAGGGUUUAAAAAGAGAUAAGGAUAUUUGUUGGGUACAGAAAAUGUGUUGGCAAAGUCUGUUUUUAUUGUUACUCUACAAUGUCACAAUACAGUCAAAAAAUAUUCAGAAAAAACACCUUACAUUGCUAAUAAAAUGUAUUGAAAUAU